GCAGUCGCACGUCACGUAAAUGGCAAAGUUAUAUCGGUCUACAACACUGGUGGAAAAAUUCAUAAAAAACUUUCACAAAACAAAAUUAACAAAGAGUCAUCAUCGCAAUUAACGACUGCCACCGCGACCUCACAAAAGUGCAUCGAUAUACCUGUAAUAAUAGUACGAUAUUUGUUGACUAAUUCAGGUGUAAUAAAGGGUUUUGUGCUGUCGUCGACAAGGAUGGCGACUUGACCCCACGAAUAAUGGAACACUGUGCUCAACGAUUGCUGAUUUGAGAUUUUCUCAAAAAGGUGAUUUGGUGAACGACGAGAUGGCAGAAGUAGACCCUGAGACCCUGCUGGAAUGGCUCUCGAUGGGCCAGGGGGACGAGCGAGACAUGCAGCUGAUCGCCCUGGAGCAGCUCUGCAUGCUCCUCCUCAUGUCGGACAACGUGGAUCGUUGCUUCGAAAUCUGCCCCCCAAGGACCUUUCUCCCAGCUCUCUGUCGAAUCUUCCUUGACGAGCACGCCCCAGACAGUGUCCUCGAGGUGACAGCACGAGCCAUCACCUACUACCUCGACGUGUCCGCAGAAUGCACCCGCAGAGUUGUUGCCAUGGAGGGCGCAGUAAAAGCGAUAUGUGGACGUCUCUCAGGCGCAGGUUUGGGAUCACGAGCUAGUCGGGAUCUCGCUGAACAGUGCAUCAAGGUCCUUGAGCUCGUUUGCGCGCGGGAAGCAGGUGCUGUUUUCGAAGCAGGUGGAUUACCCUGCGCUUUGUGUUUCAUCAGAGAGCAUGGGGCACGUGUGCAUCGAGACACUUUGCAUUCUGCUAUGGCUGUCGUCUCGAGAUUAUGUGGUAAAGUCGAACCCCAGGAUAAAGCACUUCCUGAUUGUGUGGAGGCUUUGUCGACACUUUUGAGGCAUGAGGAUGCACAUGUGGCUGAUGGUGCUCUCAGGUGCUUCGCCUCUUUGGCUGAUAGAUUCUCCAGGAGGGGAACUGAUCCUGCUCCUUUAGCUUCUAAUGGAUUAGUCUCGGAAUUACUGUAUAGAUUAUCAAAUGCUGCAGGCCCUGGAACCUCGGUGACAGCGACCUCCAGCAACCCCAAGACACCACCUCCCUCCAGUGCAUCAUCGACGAUGCCGACAGCAGAGCCCAAGUCCUGCGCCUCUGUCUCCACAAUUAUCAGUCUUUUAUCAACCCUCUGUCGAGGCUCCCCAUCGAUAACCCACGAUCUCCUACGCUCGGAGCUCCCUGACGCCAUUGAGAAGGCUCUCAAAGGCGACGAACGUUGUGCACUGGACUCCAUGAGACUUGUUGACCUUUUACUCGUUUUGUUGUUCGAGGGGAGGUCUGCCUUGGGGAGGGGAACAGCUGGAGGACCUUCCGGGCCUCUUCUUCCUAGGCUCAGGAGACUCGACAGUGCGGGGGAAAAAUCACAUCGACAGCUGAUCGAUUGCAUAAGAUCUAAAGACACAGACGCCCUCAUCGAGGCAAUAGACUCGGGAGGUAUCGAGGUAAACUUCAUGGACGACGUGGGGCAGACCCUUCUGAAUUGGGCGUCAGCCUUUGGAACCCAGGAGAUGGUGGAGUUCCUCUGUGAUCGAGGAGCAGACGUCAACAAGGGUCAGAGAUCCUCGAGUCUGCAUUACGCCGCCUGUUUUGGAAGGCCUGCAAUAGCUAAAGUUUUAUUAAGACACGGAGCAAAUCCUGACCUCAGGGACGAGGACGGCAAAACCCCUCUGGACAAAGCGAGGGAACGUGUGGACGAGGGGCACAGGGAAGUGGCAGCUAUUUUGCAGAGUCCAGGAGAGUGGAUGUUACCUCCUAAUCAGGAACACAGGAAGGUCGACACGGAGGUUGAAGAGCUGACCGAACCCAAGGGAGACCCUGAAAUGGCCCCUGUCUACCUGAGGAGACUCUUGCCUGUCUUCUGUGCCACUUUCCAGAGCACCAUGUUACCUAGUGUCAGGAAGGCCAGUCUCAGUCUUAUCAGGAAGAUGGUGCAUUAUAUUCAGGCUGAUUUGUUGGUGGAGACCUGUGGGGCUGAUAAAACUGCUGGCUGUGGAGCUAUGCUCGUUGAGGUCAUCGCUAAUGUCCUGGAUAAUGAGGAAGUUGAGAUUAAGUCAACGCCACCACCGCCUCCGCCUCUCAAGUUGAUCGGCCCCAAAUUGCCCUGCCUUACGUCUCGCAAGAAUACCAGUUCCCAGUACUACAUUAUCGAUAAAACGGAGGACGAGGAUGGCCACCUUAUAAUCCUCCAGAUGAUCCAAGACCUCAUGAUAAAGGGAAAGGACGAGUUCCUCGAGCAUUUUGCUAGACUGGGAGUUUUCUCGAAAGUCGCUGCCCUCGCUGGCCCCCAGGAGACGACUCCAGAGCCAGAGUCUGAGUCUACUCAGUCUGGGGAGGAGCACAGGCUCGAGGACGCCAGGGAGUUGCUCGUGGGCAGGGCCUAUCACUGGAGAGACUGGUGCAUUUGUCGAGGGCGGGAUUGCCUCUACGUCUGGAGUGAUGCUGCUGCUCUUGAGUUGUCCAACGGGAGUAAUGGCUGGUUCAGAUUCAUUCUUGAUGGAAAACUUGCCACUAUGUACUCCAGUGGAAGCCCUGAAGGAGGUACUGACACCACUGGAAAAGGACGAAACACUGAAUCCCUCACUACGGAAGAGAACCGAGGAGAGUUCCUGGAGAAGCUGCAGCGUGCGCGCAGUCAGGUGAAGCCAAACUCAGUGAGCCAACCAGUUUUAUCACGACCUGGUGCCACUCGAUUGGUCGUGGGAAACUGGGCUCUGUCCUCACGUAAAGAGGGGGAAUUAUGCAUUCAUAAUAGUGAUGGCCAGCAGCAGGCCACCAUCCUCAGGGAAGACUUGCCUGGAUUUAUUUUCGAGUCAAAUAGGGGAACUAAACAUUCAUUCACUGCUGAAACUAGUUUAGGCCCAGACUUCGCAGCAGGAUGGGCAGGCAAGCGUGGCAAGCGUCUGCGUUCAAAAAUCGAAGCGAUAAAGCAAAAAGUGAAGACCCAGGCCCAAGAGAUCUACGAGAACUAUUUCAAAGCAGCCCAGGCCCAGCCUCGAGGAGUGGUAGCCAAGCUAGCAGCGAUAGUCUCCCAGGUGGACAAAGCCUGCCAGAAGCAACUCUCAGGGAACCGAGAGUGGCGUUCAGUCCUGCAAACAGCCCUAGAGGAGUUAAAAGCCCUCCUAAACGAAGAGGGUCGAGUGUCCGCCUACGAAUUGCAUUCCAGUGGCCUCAUCCAGGCCCUCCUGGGCCUUUUAGCAGGUCCCUCUGCCCCCCAGACCCCAUCAGUGCGUGCAACCAAACUCAGACUCCAAAGAAUUGCUGUUUUCAAGACCUGCUUCAGAUCCAAGGACACCAACGAUGGAAAUUCCGCUAAAAUUCUCGUUCAAAAACUCGUUUCGGUUCUUGAAUCCAUUGAAAAACUUCCAGUUUAUCUUUAUGACACACCUGGAUCUGGCUAUGGGCUGCAGAUUCUCACCAGGAGGUUGAGAUUUAGAUUGGAAAAGGCAUCUGGUGAAAGUGCACUCAUUGACAGAUCUGGAAGGAGUUUGAAGAUGGAACCACUGAGUACAAUUCAACAACUUGAGAAUCAUCUGCUCAAGAUGAUUGCUAAGCAGUGGCAUGAUCACGACAGAUCGACGUUUACGUUUGUUAAAAAAUUGAAGGAGGGAAAUAGAAUGAAUUUCCAAUAUCAGCAUGACUUUGAUGAGAAUGGGGUUCUCUACUGGAUUGGGACCAACUCGAAGACCGCACCUGAGUGGGUGAAUCCGGGGCAGUAUGGGCUCGUAGUGGUAACAUCGAGUGAUGGGAGAAGUCUACCUUAUGGACAUCUCGAGGAUAUUUUGAGCAGGGAUCAGAAUGCACUCAAUUGUCAUACUAAUGACGAUAAGAGGGCUUGGUUCUCCAUCGAUCUGGGCGUCUGGCUGGUACCCAGCGCUUAUACUCUUAGGCAUGCCAGAGGGUAUGGCAGGAGUGCACUGAGGAACUGGAUGUUCCAGGUGUCCAAGGAUGGGAUCAACUGGACGACUUUGUAUACUCAUGUGGAUGAUUGCAGUUUGAAUGAACCUGGGAGCACUGCCACGUGGACCUUGGAGGCUCCUGCUGAGGAAACUCAGGGGUGGAGGCAUCUGAGGCUACAGCAGACUGGCAAGAAUGCCUCGGGGCAGACACAUUAUCUGUCGGUUUCUGGGUUUGAGGUAUACGGAGAAGUCACAGGAGUCUGUGAAGACCUGGGCAGAGCAGCGCGAGAGGCAGAAGCAGGAGUUCGAAAGCAAAGAAGACUAAUAAGAACCCAAGUCCUCCGUCACCUCGUUGCUGGUGCCAGAGUGGCCCGAGGCCUAGACUGGAAGUGGAAGGAUCAGGAUGGCAAUCCUCCAGGUGAGGGUUCCAUCACUGGAGAGCUCCAUAACGGCUGGAUCGAUGUCACCUGGGACCACGGUGGCUCCAAUUCCUACAGAAUGGGAGCAGAAGGAAAAUACGAUCUGAGAUUAGUGGGCUCUAGCUUCGAUGCUGACUCUGGAAAGAGCAAAAAUGGAUCUGGAAUAUUGACAGGGAGAAAGUCCAGUUCUACUCCAAGUCUACCUGAUUGCACAGACGUCAGCAUGAGGGGGUCAGUGGCGUCGACUGAUCAGGCUGCCAGUGCUGAUAAUCUGGCAGCUAAACAGGCUGCUGAGUCCAUUGCCGAGAGUGUCCUCUCGGUGGCAAGGGCUGAGGCAGUGGUUGCUGUCACUGGGGAAGGGGGAUCCAGUAAUACCACUGGGGAACUCAGUGUUGUACUUCAUCCCAGGCCUGAGUCCACUGUCAGCAGUGAUCUGGCGACUAUUGUUGAGAGUUUAGCUCUCAAUACUGAUUGCUCGGGGAAUAGUAAUAGUAAUAGGGCAUCCAGCAGCUCCAAGCCACUUUAUACUACUGUUCGAGGGAAUAAGCCGGCUAGCGGUUUGUUGAGUCUGGAGGCAGUUGAGGUGCUCGAUCGUCUUCGCGAAGGCGCCGAUAGACUGCGUAACAACACUAACAGUUUCUUGAGUGGAGAAUUACUCGGUUUAGUGCCAGUUAGGAUCUCAGUGUCUGGUGAGAGUGAGGAUAAUUCACUCAGAAUCCGCCCAGUGCCAAAGCACAAUCUAACAGCUCAAGAUGCAAAUAAAGAAUGCAGUCGAGACAAGGACGCUAGUUCAUCAUCUCAGAAUCCAGCUGGAGGAUGUCCAGUUGUUGUAACCAAUCCUAUGUCAGUCUCAGUGCCCAAUCUUGCGUGUUCCGAUGCUAAUAACACACUGGAGCCAGUAGCUGCCACUGGUUUACUAGAGACUUUUGCUGCCAUGGCCCGAAGACGUACUCUAGGACCAUCUGGUGGCCAACACAUUGCACCAAACUCAAACACAGGAUCUAACCCACGUGGACCAAAUUCGGUAUCGAGUCUCGUCAGGUUAGCCCUUAGUUCAAAUUUUCCUGGUGGUUUACUGAGUACUGCACAGAGUUAUCCAAGCUUAACGAGCAGUGGACAGGUGGCUGGUAGUGGCGUCACGACUACCACUGGUGCUGGGCUUGGGCAGGCACUCACCAUGUCCCUUACGAGUACCAGCAGUGACAGUGAACAGUUGUGGCUUCAGGUUAGUCUAGAGGACUUUCUGGAAUCCUGUGGAGGUGUCGCAGGCUCCAGUGUCUCCGGUGUUAGAACAGCAGGGGGUCCAACCCUCCUUGGAGAACUCGAGGAUGAUGAGGAUGGAGUUCUUGCUGAGGAGGAGGACGACAACGACGAGAAUGACCAGGAGGAGGACGAUGAGGAGAAUGAGGAGGAGGGAGAGGGGGGCGAGGGUGAUUACGAGGAAGUCAUGGUCUCCAGAAAUCUUUUGGCUGCCUUCAUGGAGGAAGAAACACCACAGACGUCCAAGAGACGAGCCUGGGAUGAUGAAUUUGUUCUUAAACGACAGUUCUCUGCGCUCAUUCCAGCGUUCGAUCCUCGUCCUGGUCGAACAAACAUCAACCAAACAACAGAUCUCGAAGUGCCCCCACCAGGAAGUGAUCCCCAAUCAAGCACCCGAGUGGGUGCCCCCAUAAUGCCCCGUCUCUCCCUCUCGCUGAAGGGUCCAGGCCUCCCAGAGAUUCCCGACGUGGAGCUUCCCCUCUCUGACCCCCACUCGAGUAUAUUCCAAGCAGUGCAAGAGCUGAUGCAACUAACAGAACUCGGUACACGUCAAGAGAAACUUCGUCGCAUCUGGGAACCAACGUAUACGAUAAUCUACAAAGAAUCUAAAGACGAGGAGUCUUCAGGACGUGCCACCCCCAUCGUGACCCUCUACUCAGGAAAACCCACGCAAAGCACGAAUGCCUGCACAGUUGAGGAUGUUCUCCAGCUGCUGCGUCACGUCUACGUGAUUUCAACAUCUCGAGACGACAAAAAGGACGAGACAUUAACAGAUGAUUCAUUGGAGUCUUGCUGGGUGCAUCCAGAUGACUUCACCUCCAAGAAAAUCACCAACAAGAUAGUCCAACAGAUCCAGGAUCCUCUGGCAUUAGCAGCAGGAGCCCUCCCCACCUGGUGUGAGGAGCUUGCCAGAAGCUGUCCCUUCCUCCUUCCUUUUGAGACUCGUCGUCUCUACUUCUCCUGCACUGCCUUCGGCGCCUCCAGAUCCAUCGUCUGGCUUCAGACCCAACGAGACGCUGUCCUGGAACGUCAGAGGGCCCCAGGACUCUCCCCUCGACGAGAUGACAGCCACGAAUUCAGAGUUGGUCGUCUUAAACACGAGAGAGUGUCAGUCCCUCGAGGUGAGAAACUCCUGGACUGGGCUGAGGAGGUCCUCAAGGUCCACUCCAGCAGGAAGAGCAUCCUUGAGGUUGAGUUCGUUGGAGAAGAGGGAACUGGUCUUGGUCCUACUUUGGAAUUCUUCGCCCUGGUGGCUGCUGAAUUACAGAGGAAAGAUCUGGGGCUCUGGCUUUGUGACGACGAGGAUCCCAAUCAGAUGUCUUGCCCCUCUGAUGAACAUGUGAGACCCCCUGGCUACUACGUCAUUCGACCCAGUGGAUUAUUCCCAGCGCCUCUGCCUCAGGUGUCUGAAGAGUGUAACAGGGCUAUUAAAUACUUCUGGUUCCUAGGAGUUUUUCUUGCUAAAGUCCUUCAGGAUAAUAGACUAGUGGAUUUGCCAUUAUCUAGGAGCUUUUUGAAACUCAUGUGUCGUGGCGAUAUCACUAAUAAUGUUAAUGAGAGGAUUGGACUCACUGGGGUCACUCAGGAGAGCAUGUCCAGCAGCAUGGCUAGUAGUUUUAUCUCUGAGGAGGGGGAGGAGGGCUGUGGACUGUUGGAACCCAGUCCCUGGUGGGAGGGAAUUCUCGAUAUUGAGGAUCUGGUGAUGGUGGAUCCUGUGAGGGGGGAGUUUAUCAAGCAGGUGCACAUGUUGAGUCUCAAGAGGGAGAGGACGAUUAGUGAGGGGGGUGGGGAGGAGGAUACUAUGAGGAUCCAACAUCCGUCCGGUGCUUCGGUACCUAUUGAGGAGCUCGGUUUAACAAUGACUUAUUCACCUGGGUCCAGGGUCUUUGGGCAUGAGGUGGUGGAGCUUGUGGAGGAUGGGGCUGAGGUGGUAGUCACUAUGGAGAAUGCCAGGGAGUAUGCGGAGAUGACGGUGAAAUAUUGUUUGGAUGGGGGCAUUGCUAGGCAGCUGGAGGCCUUCAGAAGUGGGUUCUCUAAGGUCUUUCCUAUGGAGAAGCUUCAUGCUUUUAGUCCUGAGGAGAUCAGGGCCAUGCUUUGUGGGGAACAAAAUCCUGAGUGGAGCAGGGAGGAUUUGCUGAAUUAUACGGAACCGAAGCUGGGUUAUACUAGGGAGAGUCCUGGAUUCCAGCGUUUUGUCAACGUUCUCCUCUCCCUGACAGGCUCCGAAAGAAAAGCCUUCCUUCAAUUUGCAACAGGCUGUUCAGCCCUCCCUCCAGGUGGUCUCUGCAACCUCCAUCCAAGACUGACAGUAGUACGAAAAGUAGACGCUGGCUCCGGUGGUUAUCCAUCCGUCAACACCUGUGUGCAUUACCUAAAACUCCCAGAAUACCCAACCGAAGAUAUUUUAAAAGAAAGACUACUGGCUGCAACAAGAGAGCGAGGCUUUCACUUGAAUUAAGUCAAGAUUAUCCUAGUAAAUAUGAAAAUUCAAUUUCCGUUGUUCCAUGGGGAGGGGGGGGGACAUGGGUGAGAUAAAUGAGGUGUUUGUGGCACUCGAAUCAAUGUACGACGUUAUUGUUACGGCCUUCGAUAUUCAAAGAAUUGUCAGAAUGAUCAUGAGGAUUUAAUCAAUGUAAUAUUGAAGUUCUUUCGAUGUGACUCAGUAAUACAGGCACUGGACAAUGGAUAGGUAAUAAACAAUUGGCACAUAGAUGUGAAAAUUUUCUCAAUGACAAUUUUACAAACUUCUCGUAGUCUUAUUGCGUUUUUUCGGAGAUCUCGAGGUGAGAAAUUUAUGAAUUUUAGUAGAUGCUUUUUGAUUACUAUUGCCCUCUCUUAUGCUUUUUUUGAUUCAGAGGAGGGGGAGGACAUUUGUCUGUGUGUGUAUUGCUACGUGAAUUUUGUAGGUGAAUUUACUUUUUUUGCUCGAUUGGUUCCAGUGGGAAGUGGAGACUAGUUGUUUUUUGGAGAGAAAAAUAUCAGAAAUUAAUUUCAAAAUCUAUUGUUUAUUUUUUUAAUGAAAAGAAAUAUAGUUUAUUAUUUCAAUUCAAAUCAAUUGGUAAAUUUGGUUAGAUGAUGUCACCACUUCAUCACUGGAUUCAAUGAGGGAAAACCGGAAUUUUUAAUUCGUUUAUUCUCUUUGAAAUCUGUAUAUUGCUUUCUAUUUAAAAAUGCACGUAAUUAUUGUUCAUCCAUCUUCUGUUAAUUAGAGACAGUUCUGGAAUAUUCAGCUGGGGAGAUACUGUUUUCCUCGAUGAUGAAUAGCACGAAGGAUCAUGUUGAGAUCGUUAUUUUUGGGAAUAAAGUCUGAAUUUAUCGAUUUGUUUAUUUCCAUUAAUUAAUUGAUAAUAAUUCGCUCUGCCUAAGCGUGUGAGAGGAAGUAACUGUGGUCAUUAUGGUUUUUCUAGAUAAAUGGAGGAAUAAUGGUAGCAUGUGCCACUUAUGCUACUACUAAGGGUUUUCAAUUUGUUCAUAGGGUCAUCAGAAAAUUGUUGGCUAAAUUGUGAAAUUCGCUGGGUUUGAAAGAAACCUUUGGGACUAUUCCGUAAAUAUCUUAAGAACUAAUGGGUUUAGUGGAACAUGUCUUUGAUAUUUUUCUCCAAACCCACUAUUUUUCGAGAUAUUCGCAGAAAGAACCCCAUAAAAAACAUUUCAACUUUAUCAUUAAGCCACAAAAAAAUGUAUUUAGGAUAAUUCGGAGGGUAAUUUCAAUGAAAAGAAUAAUUAUUUUAACAGGCAAGUGCCUCCAACCGAUGAAUAAGCCACAAAAAACAUAAUAAAUAAAAAGAAAUGAAUAAAAAUCAUUAGAAGUUUCUGUCAUAAGAGAAAAAAACUGUCGCUUGACCUCAAUUCAUCGAUUUAGUCAACUUAAUAAUUGGAAAAAUAAAGAUAAUGAAAAUUGAAAUUGAACCAAAACAAGGGGAGUAUAAUGAUAACUAUAAAUAUAUGAGAAAUGGAUAUUUUUUGUUCCUCGGUAAAUGAGUAAAUCAAUGAGACUCGUCAAGUCCACGGGCACUAUGCAUAUUUGUACGAUACGCUACUUAAUGCUCACAAGAAUGAUCAUAAAUGAAUUACAAUAAUGAAUAGAUGGGGUGAUUAUUAAUAACAGAUGAUUAAAAAACAAUUCAGUAUACCUGUACUAGCGUUUAGAUGAAGUGAAUAUAAAUGAUAUAAUAUAAAUGUGAGAGAUGAUUACUAACGAUAUCGAAGACGAAAAGAACACUGAUGUAAUGAGGAUAAAUAAUUAGUUAAUAUUAAUUACUGUAUUAUAAAUUAUUAUUGAUUCUCGGGGGAGAUGAAAUAAAAUGAGGAAAAACAUUA